CUGUAUGAUGUUUUCAUAUAGCUUAAAUGUUAUCUGAGUGCAGGAAGGCAGCUAACGUCUUGGUUUGCUUUGAAGAGUCCCCAUCCUAUGUGAAAAAUGGAGAGCUGAGAGAUUAUCAAGUCAGAGGUCUCAACUGGAUGAUCUCCCUUUAUGAAAAUGGCAUUAAUGGAAUUCUGGCUGACGAAAUGGGCUUAGGGAAGACCCUCCAAACCAUUGCAUUGCUGGGAUACCUGAAGCACUACAGGAACAUUCCAGGCCCCCACAUGGUUCUGGUUCCCAAAUCAACGCUACACAACUGGAUGAAUGAGUUCAAACGCUGGGUACCAACCCUGAAGGCUGUCUGUCUUAUUGGGGACAAGGAUGCAAGAGCGGCGUUCAUCCGCGAUGUCAUGAUGCCAGGGGAAUGGGAUGUUUGUGUCACAUCCUAUGAGAUGGUCAUCAGAGAAAAAUCGGUCUUCAAGAAGUUCAACUGGAGAUACCUUGUCAUCGACGAAGCUCACAGGAUAAAAAAUGAGAAGUCCAAGCUCUCAGAGAUUGUCCGUGAGUUCAAAACCACCAACCGUCUCCUCCUGACUGGAACACCUCUGCAGAACAAUCUCCAUGAGCUGUGGUCACUCCUCAACUUCCUGCUGCCUGAUGUCUUCAACUCUGCCAAUGACUUUGAUUCUUGGUUUGACACCAACAACUGUCUGGGGGACCAGAAGCUGGUGGAGCGUCUGCAUGCGGUGCUAAGGCCUUUCCUUCUGCGUCGUAUAAAAGCUGAAGUGGAGAAAAACCUGCCUCCCAAAAAAGAGGUGAAGAUUUACCUCGGACUGAGUAAGAUGCAGCGAGAAUGGUACACACGAAUUCUGAUGAAAGACAUUGACAUCCUCAAUUCUUCUGGAAAAACAGACAAGAUGCGUCUGUUGAAUAUCUUGAUGCAACUGCGGAAGUGCUGCAACCACCCAUACCUGUUUGACGGGGCCGAGCCCGGGCCCCCCUACACUACCGACAGUCACUUGGUCACCAACAGUGGCAAAAUGGUGGCCCUGGAUAAACUGCUGCCCAAAGUCCAGGAACAAGGGUCUAGAGUCCUCAUCUUCAGCCAGAUGACCAGGGUCCUUGACAUCCUUGAGGACUACUGCAUGUGGAGAGGUUAUGAGUACUGCCGUCUAGAUGGAAACACUCCACACGAAGCCAGACAGGACGCCAUAGAGGCCUACAAUGCUGAAAACAGCAGCAAGUUCAUUUUCAUGUUGAGCACCAGAGCUGGAGGUCUGGGCAUUAACCUGGCAACUGCAGACGUCGUCAUCCUGUAUGACUCUGACUGGAACCCUCAAGUGGACCUGCAAGCAAUGGACAGGGCUCAUAGGAUUGGUCAGAAGAAACCAGUGCGUGUGUUCCGCCUCAUCACUGAUAAUACAGUCGAAGAGAGGAUUGUAGAAAGAGCUGAGAUGAAGUUGAGGCUAGACUCCAUAGUUAUACAACAAGGGAGGCUGAUGGAGCAGUCUAACAAACUGGGGAAAGAUGAGAUGCUGCAGAUGAUCAGGCAUGGGGCCACUCACGUCUUCGCCUCCAAAGACAAUGAGCUCACAGAUGAAGACAUCAACACUAUCUUAGAGAGGGGGGCAAAGAAGACGGCUGAGAUGAACGAGCGCAUGGAGUCUCUGGGAGAGAGCUCCCUCAGGAACUUCACGGUGGACACAGGAGGAGCAGAGACCAGCCUCUACAACUUUGAAGGGGAGGACUACAGAGAGAAGCAAAAGCUGAGUAUGAUGGAAUGGAUUGAGCCUCCUAAAAGAGAGAGGAAAGCCAACUAUGCGGUGGAUGCCUACUUCAGAGAAGCCCUGCGUGUCAGUGAACCUCGAGCCCCCAAGGCCCCACGUCCCCCCAAACAGCCCAACAUCCAGGACUUCCAGUUCUUUCCUCCUCGCCUGUUUGAGCUGCUGGAGAUGGAGAUCCUUUAUUAUAGGAAGACUAUAGGCUACAAGGUCCCCAGGAGCCCUGACAUCCCCAACGCUGCCCAGGUGCAGAAGGAGGAGCAAAGGAAGAUUGACGAGGCGGGGCCCCUCAGUCCCGAGGAGACUGAGGAGAAGGAGAAACUUCUCACACAGGGGUUCACAAGUUGGAACAAGCGAGAUUUCAAUCAGUUCAUUAAAGCCAAUGAGAAAUACGGCCGUGAUGACAUCGACAGCAUUGCUCGGGAAGUCGAGGGGAAAAACCCUGAGGAAGUCAUUGAAUAUUCUGCCAUUUUCUGGGAGCGGUGCAAUGAACUCCAGGAUAUUGAAAAAAUCAUGGCUCAGAUCGAGCGUGGCGAGGCCCGUAUCCAGAGGAGGAUCAGCAUUAAGAAGGCGCUGGAUGCAAAGAUUGCGAGAUACAAGGCCCCAUUCCACCAGUUGAGGAUUCAGUAUGGCACCAAUAAAGGGAAGAACUACACGGAGGAGGAGGACAGGUUCCUGAUCUGUAUGCUCCACAAGAUGGGCUUUGACAAGGAGAAUGUUUAUGAAGAACUCCGACAGUGUGUCCGGAAUGCUCCCCAGUUCAGAUUCGACUGGUUCAUCAAGUCCCGAACUGCCAUGGAACUUCAGCGACGCUGUAACACUCUCAUCUCCCUCAUCGAAAAAGAAAAUAUGGAGAUUGAGGAAAAGGAACGUGCUGAAAAGAAGAAAAGGACCACAAAAAGCCAGAUGGCUCACAAAAGGAAGGCAGAUGCGUCAUCAGAAGCCACAGGACGUAAAGAGAAGAAAGCCAGAGCCUGAAGACGUCAUUGAACUAAUGUAGCUCCCAUCAGGCCCAAUCCUAACUUGAAAAAUAAGUAAUUUGAUUUAUGCACACAGAUCUCAAAUUAGGAUUCGGCCCAUCAUGAACAAACAGCAUUAAUCACCCACACAAAAAAAUACAAACGCAACAUUCAAUAGCUGUAGUAAUUUCUGUGGAAGUGAGUGGUUUCUCAUUUUUAAGACAUUUUGUAUUGCUGUUUUUGCAAGUGUUUGAUGCCCUUUUCAACUCAACAUGCCAUAUACGUAUGUACGGAUUUGUUUUGAUUGUUGUCUCAUGUCUUGUGUAAUUGGUGGUGAAAUAACGAUGGCUGUUGUUUAAGCUAUGUGUUUGACACAUUGUUAUUAUGCAUCAUUAAGUGGUUCCCCUUAUGCACUUUAUAUAACCUAUUGCUUUGCACAUGUCCUAAGCUCUUUUUAUACUGUGUUUAAUUUCAUCUAUCCUUUUUAAGCUGUGUUGGUAUUUGAACAAAAAGUGAUUGUUGUAUUUCGCUUUUCCUGUUGUAUUUUCUUACUUGUGAGUUCACUUAUUAAACAAAAUCCAACCUUAA